AUGAAGUCAAACAUUCUCCUCAGUUUGAGCGCCGCCCUCGGGCUCUUGAUUGGAUCAAGCAAUGGUGCUCCUAUCUUCAACGGAAAUACCCACCUUGUAAGACGUCAGGAUACAGUAUCGUGUCCAGGCAUGGUCAAAGGCCCCACUGGCCACAGCUACUUUGCUUUCAGCACAGGGCUCAGUAACAAAGUAGCCCAGCAAGCUUGUGCAUCUUGCUACAAUGGUGUCCUAGCAGAUAUUGCAUCUGAUGAUAUCCCCUUCCUAGGAUCUAAUCUUGAACAAGACUCCUGGAUCAAGUCAUGGAACCAAGACAGUUACGCUGACAGCUGUCUUACUCUCAGGUCUGCCUCUGACGGUGGCUCUCCAUCUGUUAACGUCGAUUCCGCUUGCACAUCCGAGCUCUGGCCCCUCUGUGUUGCCACUAUUGCCCCUACUAAUGAAGCCCAAGAUUCUGUGGAACUCGGAGCUCAAAGUGGUGAGGGCGCUACAAUUGCGUCUCUCGCGAUCCCAUAUACUGCAGAUGCUAAUGCUGACACACAGACUGCUGAAGCCGGAACUGAAGCCGGAACUGAAGCAGGAACUGAAGCAGGAACUGAAGCCGGAACUGAAGCCGAAACUGAAGCAGGAACCAAAGCAGGAAAUGAAGCCGGGACUGAAGCUGGAACUGAAGCUGUGAUUGAUACUAACGCAAACCAGGAGCAAGGCCAGCAGCAACAAGGACAACAGCAACAAGGACAACAGCAACACGAAGAGCAGCAACAAGGACAGCAGCAGAGCCCAGUACCUGCUGGAAAUGCCGCCGGAUCGAAGGAGGCUCAAGUUAACACCUCAAGGAAGGUGAUAACUUCCCCUCAGUAUGAAGCCACUACGUCAAUUGCGGAUAUGACUUUCUUCCCUGGCAGUACCACCCCUAGUAAUCCGGAGGUGACCAGCCCCCGAGUCCCUACAGGUGAGGAAAGUGAUCUUGAAAUCCUCCAGGUCGUUGAAGAAAAUAAGGUAUCUGAGUUGCCUGAGCCCAUUCCCUAUUCGAUUGAGGAAAAGAGCGCUGAGGACAACACUGAGGGUCUUCAGAAUGCCAAUACCGAGAAGAGCACGGCUCCCUCGCCAAAAGAGGAGAGCAAUGCCGACGCUGAAGCUGGCCAAGCAAAAGUUGAUGGAGGUGCGCAGCAGGCUAGCAAGAAGGAACGAUCUCGCGAUGCCUCUAAGACUGAAGAGGACGCGACUAGGAAGCAAAAGGACCAACGCACUGCCCCUGCUGCGGCUAUAUAA